AACGUCAAAAUAUGCGGUGCGGUCGCGCGGUGUUGUAAAUUGGUUAUGUUGACAUCAUAUGUUUGGCAAUGUUGGCAUGACUGCAUUUGUCAUUUUCUAACUCAUAUUGCUCAUAUAUUAUACAGAUUCGUGGGUACUAGAGAGAAUGAGACAACAUAACUCUAGAAAAAAUUAAUACGUGGAGGUUGUCAAAAUGACAACGAAUGAAAACAAUAUUAACUAUAUUUUACUUUAAUCGUCCUGAAUCAACAUUAUAAUAAUAAAUACUUACAUGACAUUUGGGUUUUUGCCUUUAUUGUUUGGUUCUUCUAAAAUCAGAUAACCUAAUAUGUGGGGCAAUUCAGACCUGGAUCCAGGAGGGCAAUCGAAGGAUACAGUUUCUUCAACACAAGAGUUAAAUGAUUUAAAAGAUCAGAAUGAACAACAACUGCUACUUAUAACACAAUUAAAAGAUAUGUUAAAAAAAGAGCAAAGUAGUGUCACGCAAGAAAAGGUUGAAGAAUAUGUCAAUACUCUUAAUAAAUUAAAAGCAAAACGGUCCAAACAAAAAAAAGAUGGGUCUAGUUCAACUGAUAAAGCCUCUACAAGUAGUUCUGCUAAUAUUGAUGCAAAUAAAAAGGAAAGGAUAAACUUGUUACGUCAACAAUUGGAGGAAAAUAAGGCAAGAUUAGCUGAAAGAGGUAAAAGUCAAAAGGGUAUUGAAGAGAUGGUAACUCAACUACAAGCUCAGUUUAAAGAUUCUGAAUCUCGUAUGAAUUCAGCAUCUCUAAAUUUACCAUUACAGGAGUCUAAGAAUUUGGACUACAAUGAAAACACAGCUCAGAAAGAUUUAUUUAAUAUAUUAUUAACUAAAGAAAGGAAACUUACUGAACUUCUUACAAAAAAUCAAAAACUUGAGGGAACUGUUAUGGACCUGCAAGAAAAUUUAAAAGAAAAGGAUUCAGUUAUUGAUGCUAGAACCAAAGCUAUAACAUUGAUGACAGAUAGUUUAAGCAAAAAGGGAAAGAACACAUUGGACGCAUUAGAAGAAACUAAAGAUCAGAUGAGAAAGAUGCAAGAACAUUUUGUCUCUUUAGAAAGUGAUAUGAAAAACAGACAACUAACUUUACUUAAUGAUUUGAAACUGAAAAAUUUUGAAAUUAGUGAUUUAAAAGAAACCAUCAAUCAACUAACUAAUCAGAAAGUGGAAUACGAAGCAAGAUUGGCUGAUACUGACAGAGCAACAUCAAUUCAGAGCACAGAAAAUUCAGAAUUGUUAUUGUUAAAAUCUAGUUUUCAUGAUCUACAAGAAGAAAAUACACGUUUACUUGAGAAAAUUAACUAUUUGGAAGCAUCAGCUAUCACAUCACAUACUGAACAGACUUCUGAAGAGAGAAUUGGGGAAAUUACCAAUAACUAUUUAAUACAAAUUUCUGAACUUGAAGAAAAGUUAAAAGAGGCUGAGAAAAUUCAGAAGCAGUUGAAAGAGGAGGACUUCCACAAAUUUGAUAAUAAAUUAGAUGAGGAGUAUUCCAGGAUAUGUGAGGAAAAUAAAAAACUCUUGGAGGAAAAAAAUAAAAAUAUAGAGCAAAUUGAAGAACUUCAGAAGAAAUUGGAAGAAACUCAGUAUGAUUUAAAUUUAUUGAAAAAUACUGGUUUGGCAGGAAGUCACUUAAGUGAAACUGAAAAUGCCGAGAUUAAUAAAUUAAAGAAGCAAUUAGAUGAAAGUAAUAAAAACAUGAUAAAAAUGAGAGCUACGCAAAAAGGAAAAGUCAAAGAAUUGAACAAGAAACUGAAUCAAUUCAAAAAUAUGAACGACGCUAAUUCUUUAAUUGUGCAGUUACAAAAUGAAGUUUCAAAGCUGAAUGAAAAAAUUGCUGAACUGGAAGACGAAAAGGGAAGUAUGCAAUUAAAGAUGGUGGAAUCUACUACAAGUUCUAAAGGAGAUACAAAUGAAUUAGAAGCACAAAUUAAAGAGCUAAAUGACAAGUUAUUAGAAAAAACAGAUGAAUUGAUAGAAAAAACAAAAGUAGUUGAAAUUCUGGAAACUGAUAUACUUUCUCUAAAAGCUGACUUAAAACUAAAACAUGAAGAGCAAAUUAAAGUUAGCACACAUGUGUCGUCAGAGAUGUCAUUAAUUCAGUUUGAAGAACAAAUUGAAAAAUUGGAAUCUGACAAUAAAAAUUUGCGAGAAAAAUUAGAAGAGUAUAAAUUAUCUACUCAAGAUUUGUUAGAAAAAUAUGAAAUUAUAAAACGAGAAAAACAAGAUCUUACAACUAAGUUAGAUAAUUACGUUCAGGAAAAUAUUGAACUACUUGAUAAAUUAGAAAAGUUGAGUGCUGAGAAAGUAUCAUCAGUUGAAAGUAUUGAAAUAGUUGAGGGUUUAACGCAACAAGAAAAAAUUGAAUUAGCCGCUUAUCAGAAACAUGUUAAUCCAGAAGAGACAGGAAAAUUCCGCGAGGAUGAAUCUUCGGAGCCUCCCGUCGAAUUAAACGAAAGUGUAUUACAAUUAAGCGAAGAUACUGCUGAAUUAUUGCAAAAAAUCGAAAUGUUUACUCAAGAACGAAAAGAGGUUAUGCAGAAAAUGGAUUACCUGAGGAAUGAAAACGAAUUAUUACAUUUAAAGGUAAAGGAGAUAGAGAACAAUAAGGACAUUUUGGAGGAAACUUAUGAACAAUUACAAAAUGAGAAAGACGAUUUAAUAUCUGAAAACCAAAAGCUUUUACGAAAUAUUGAAAUUGCGUCUAAUGCAAAUAAUACUAAGGAAGGGGCAUCUGCAGAAAUUUCAGAUUUGGAGCUACAAGAAUUACAAGAACGAUGCAAAAUACUCACUAUUGAAAAUCAAGAAAUGAUAGUCAAAAUUGAUGAAUCUAAACAUUUGUUAAAAGAAAAGCAGGAAUUGGAAUCUAAAUUAAGUAAAGCAUUAGAAGAAAAUGGCCAUAUUCAACAGAAAAUUCUUUGGUACGAGGAGGAAAUAGAUACUUUUAAAUCUAUAGUUAAUGACAAUAAAAAUGAGCUAAUGUCAUCUGCUGAUAAAGUAAAUAAUCUACAAAAUGUAUGUGAUGAUAGGAAACGAAAUAUUGAAGAACUCAAUGAAAAUAUAGAAUAUCUUCAUAAUAUCAUAAAUGAUCUUCAGGGAAAAAAUAAUGAUUAUGAACAGAUGGAGUCUGAACUACAAAAUCUAAAUAUAACGUUAACUGAACAAUUAGCGCACACAGCUGAAUAUCAGAAGGAUAUAUUAACAAACAAUGACAUUAUAGAGAAUCUUAACAAAGAACUUGCAAACUUACAUAACAAAAUUCUUGAGUACGAAAAUGAUCUUGAAAUUAAAGAUAACGAAAUUAAAGAAUUGAAGAACAGUAUAAUUAAUAAAGAUGAAACUAUGAAAAGCUUGCAAAAUGCAAUUACUGAGAAAGACAACAAGUUUAAAAUUCUCCAUGAAGAACUAAAACAAAAAUAUAUAGCAUUACAACAACAAUUAGAAAACAGUGACAAUUCGUUAGAAAAGCAGCUAAACGAACUUUCAGGGAAAAAUAAAGAACAGUUGGAAAAAAUGAAAAAGCUAGCAGCUAAUCUAAAGAAGAAAACACAAGCUUUUCAAGAAUUAGAGGAACGGUAUAUUAAUGAAAUAAAAGAAUGGGAAAUACGUUUAAAUAAUGUUACACAAAUGUCAGAAGAGAAAAUUACAUCUUUGACAAAACAAAUAAAAGAUCUUGAAAAUCAAUUGCAAGUUAAGUCAGAGGAAAAUGUUGUAAUUCAGAACGAAAUAUGCACGCUAAAACGGGAUAUUGAAACUCUGAAACAAACAAACACGAAUCAACACAAUUCAGUUAAUUUACAACAAGAAUUAUCUGAGAGUUUGCAUGAAGAUAUUAAUAUUGUUUCUAAUACCAUACCAGACGAAAAAUUAAGAGAAUUAGAAAUGCUUUUAGAAACUAAAGACAUUGACAUUAGCAAUUACCAGGAAAGGAUUGAGAAAUUUGAAGAAAAUAUUAGUAUUCUUCAGAAUGAUAAGUAUAAUCUGGAAUUGAAAAACAACGAACUAGCGGAAAAACUUAGUUCUAUUUCGAAUAGCUGUAAUGAAACCAUUUUGCUGGAACAUAAACUCUCAGAGCAGUUACAAGAAAUAACAAUAAUUAAUAACAGCCUCUCCACUAAAUUAGAGGAUGCUGAAAGAAAGUUAGAGGAAACUUUGAUAAAGAAUACAGAAAACGAAGAACUUAUUAAAAAGUUAAAAGUAAAACUUAAGAAGGCACACGAGGGAGUGACAGAAUUGAAAGUCUUCCAGGCAAAUGUUCAGGAACUAGAAAAUCUCAACGAAAAUUUGAGGCAUCAAAUUUCUACAUUAGAGUCUCACCAAAAACAAAUUCAAAUUGAAAAUGAAUCCUUGCAACAAAGAAAUAAUUCAGAUUACGAAAAAAUUGAAACAGACUAUCAAAGUCAGUUAAAUGAACUAUUAACAGCGAAAAAUGAUCUACUGAUAGAAAAUGAAAAGUUGUCUGAAAAAAUUAAGGAUUUCCUUAGUAAUGAGCAAGAUUUAACCUCAGAACUAGAUCAAUGCAAAUUUAAGCUCGUAGAGUGUGAACAGAAUUACAACAAGAUUAUUAACCAGCUUGAAACUGAACUCAGAAAUUCGCGGGAAAAUAUUAGUUUAUCUGAAGCGGAAAAUAAAAAUAUGAAACAAACGCUAGAUGAAAGCAGAAAUGAACUGAAAAACUCGCUUAUUGAAAUCGAAAAUCUGAAUAAGUCACUGUCUGAACUCAAAAAUCAAUUGACGUGUAUAGAAGAAGAAAAAGCAAAGAUGGUAUCUGAAAAAACUGAUCUGAGUAAAAAAUUAUGUGAUGCUAACGAGACAGUUUCGACAAGCAUCAGCGAAAUAGCAAACCAGUUAGAAUCAUUAUAUGAAGAGCAUUCAACUUUACGAAGUGAAAAUGAUAAAUUAAAAGAAAACAUUCAAGUUUUAGAAUUUGCUAAAUUUAGUUUAGAAGCCUCAUGUGAAUCUGCUAUUAAAGAUACAAUAGACAAUACUACACAAAUAACAGACACUCCUCAACAACUUAUUUUGGAACAAAUAGAUGUUAAAAAAAUAAAGCAGAGUCAGUCUAUAGAGCACAGCUUUAAUAGACCUGAGCCAAAUGAUCCGCAACCGUUUUUAGCUAGUAACUUCUUUAACCAAAUACCUCAAAUUGAGAAUGUUUUUGAUAAUUUGAAUGUUACACAUGCCCAAGGAUAUGAUAAUGAUGGCAUACAUUUGGAAGGACCUUCCACUACUGAAGCUAUUCAAACUUUAAGUAACAUGGAAAGCAUAGAGAAGGAUACUGAAAAUCGACAUUCUCCAGUAAUAGAAAAUAAUAGUGAAGCUCUGUUUAAGAAAAUUAAAGCUUUAGAGUUCUUAUUAUACAGUGUUGAUAAAGAAAAAGAAAUUGCAUUAGAGCAGUGCAUUGAGAUGACUAAAGAACUUGCCCAAAUUAUUAUUCAAAAAAUGGACCUCAAAGAACAAAAUGUUGAUGGACCGCAAAUAAUAUCAGAUGAUGAUGUUGCAAUAGUUAAACGUGAUCUGCAGGCACUAAAGAAAUCAGAAUUGAAUCCAGAAACAUCUCAUGUUGGCGAACAUAUAUUACCUAUUCAGGAAGAACAAGUUGUUCCGAAAAAAACAAACAGUCUUUUGGAUCAGGACAGUAGAGAGCAUAAGAAAGAAGGCAAUGAAUUAGGAAAUGUUGAAUCGCAGAUUUUAUCUACUGAUGAUAUUAAGGAUAUAUCUAAUAGUAAGAAACUGCAAAAAUUGGAAUUUCAGGAAGUUGAUAGUAAUGUCGGACAACAGCAACAGCCAGUUGUAGAACCAUUAGCUCAACCAAAGCAUGCAUAUUUAUGUUACACGAAAGACGAUAAACCCCAAAGUUUAGAGGCCUUUGAAGAAAACGAUGAUGGGUGGGGUUGGGGUCCUGAAGAAUCUAAGCUUGAUGAAGAAUAUAUUAACACUAUGGAAAAUAUUCCGCAAAUUAAAAAAUUACUCUCCGAAAUUCAGCAGUUAAAAGAACAGAUCAAAGUCCUCCAUCUAGAAAGGGAAAACCACUUAGAGGAAAUUAAACAGUUACAAAUAAAAUCUGGCAAACUUAUUAAAAAAUGCAAAGAAUUGAAAGCUAAGAAUGAGCAAACAGGUACAACAAAAAAACAAACGGACGUUGGCUUCUUUGAUUUAAACGAAACUAUCCAAGAAGAACUUAAAAGCCAGAUUCAACAGCUUGAAAAGAAAAUUCAGGAAGUUGGACGUGAACUCGAAAAAGAAAAAUCGGAGAAAAAUAGUUUGAUGAAGAGAGUUGACAUCCUAACUUCUGCUAAUGAAAAAAUGGUGGAAAUGAAAGAAAUUCAAGAUUCCGAGCUAUUUAGAUGGCAGAGAAAACAUAAAGAAGUACUUGAAAAAUUACAGGAAUUUGAAUGGAGCGAAGGUGGUUUUGAUAAUGAGCGGGAACUUCAAAUUAAGGAACAACAACCUAUAAUAGAAAACUCAGAAAGCAGCGGCAAAAUAAAAGAACUUGAAAACACAAUUAAAGAGUUAAGUUUAGACAAUGAAGAGCUUCAAGCUCUUUUGGAGGAACAAACUACACAAAGGAUUGAGGCUGAAAAAGAGAAGGUAAACGCUAUAGAUUAUAAAAACCUAGCAGAUGUGGUUCAAGGCUUAGAAAAAGAACUUAACGAAAUGAGACUCAAGCAUUCUGGCGUUAGUAAGGAAUUAUAUGACGUUCAAAAACAAAACGAAACUCUGAAAGAGAAAAUAGAUAUACUUUUAAAAUCUUUACAAGAUAAAGAUGAUGAAAUAGGUAAACUAGAAAAAUCGAUAUCAACAGCCCAAACAAAUGAUUACCGUACUGAAUUUGAUAAUUUAAAAACUGAAAUUUCAAAUUUAAGAUGUCAAUUAGAUAAUCAGAUUGUCGUGAUAAAAGAGAGAGAUGAUAUAAUUGUCAAUUUACAAAAUACUCUUGAGGAAUAUAAUCUAAAUAAAUCGGAACUAGAUAAAAUUAUUCUUGAUCAAAAUAAUGAAUUAUUAUUAAAAACAGAAGAAAUUGAAUCACUGAAAACUAAUCAGCGUGUCAAUCCAGAUAUUAGUAAUUUAGAACUUCAAAUUAAUGAAUUAAAUGACUUGGUACAGAAAAAAGAAGAGGCAGUAAUAAACUUAAAUAUAUCAUUUAAUACAAUAAAAUCCGAGAACGAUGUAUUACAAGAGAAGGUAGCAGAAUUAAAUGAACAGCUGAAUUUGAGAAUAGAAGAAUUAAAUAAACUUCGAGAAGACAAAGAAGAAGUAUUAUAUACUCUGCAAAGUAAAAUUAAUGAAACCGAAAAUAUACAGAAAUACGUUUCUACAUUAGAAAAAUCACUAAGCCAAUCUCAGUUGCCAGAAUAUAAAGAAACAGAAAAACCAAAAACUGAAAAAUCUGAUGAAGCACAAAAACUUAUAGAACAAAAGUUAUUAGACGACGUUAGUUUGAAGACAAAAACAAUUGAAGAUUUAUCCGCGGAAUUAAAGGGAAAAAAUGACGAAAUACAUAUACUUCAAAAAGAGCUUGAGAAUAAACAAAAACAAUUUGAAGAACAAAUUAAUAUUAUAACAAAUGAAUUAAACGAAAACUGGCAGCUGCAAGUUGAGCAACGCGGAAAUGACGUCGCUGAAAGUUGGAAAAUGCAUUUAGAUAUGAUAGAGAAGGAAUAUGAAUCGGUCCAAGAAAAUUAUAAAUUAAAUAUUUCAGAACUAGAAGAAAAAUGUAAUAUUCUAACUAAUGAAAACGUUCAACUGAAAAAUAAUUUACAUCAUGAUAGUAUAGUGAGCAAGGCUGUCAACAAUCAAGAUGAAGUAGCGUCGCUUUCUUUAAUUAUUGACGAAAACAAGAAACAUAUAGAGGAACUUGAAAAUAAAUUAUCAGACUUUUAUUUAGUGCAGAAUGAAUUAGAAUCAACAAAAAGGGAAGUUAUUGAAAAAGAUGCUAAAAUAAACAGCAUAAACAUAAUAAUCGAAACAACACAAAAACAGUUCGACGAAAAACGUGAAGUAGUAGAAGAAGUAGUGUCCCUGCUAGAACGAAAUGCUUUAUCUCCUAUAUCUUAUGAAAAACAAGAUAUACUGCUAGAAUUUCAAAGACAACUCAAUUUAAAUAGUGAAAAAGAUGUCGAAAUCAAUAGAUUAAAUGAAGCUGUUACUACAUUAGAAAAUAAUUUAUCUAGACUGUCUGGCGAAAAGGACAGGGAAAUCACUGGUCUUAAUCAAGUUAUAGAAGACCUAGAGAAAGAACUUAGCAUUAUACACAUAAAGGAGUCUGAAAUUGUGAAGCUUUCUACGCAACUACACACAUUACAGAAUGAAAAAGAACAAUUACAAACACAAAUAAACGUUUUGCAGACCGACAGUGAUGGCAAGUUACAAGAAUUUGAUAAGUUGUGGCAGGAACAAACAAAUUUCCAAGUUGCGAUAGAUAAUUAUAAAGAAAAAAUUGGUGAUUUAGAGAAUACAUGUUCUUCUUUGCGAAUGGAAAUAGAUGAAAAAAAUCGCAUUAUAAACGACCUCAAUCGGCAGUUGUUACAAAUUCAAACAGAUGCUAAGAACGAUAAUAACAAACAAAUAGAGAUGCUAACAGGAGACAUAAUUAGAGCUAAAGAAGAAUGUAACAGUUUGCAGAAAACGGCUUUUGAAAGGGAAUCACAGAUUAAUGAUUUAUCCCAACAAUUAGCAGAAAAAACUCGUGAUUUGGAAGUAACGCAACAGAACAUGCAAUUUUAUCAAAGCCAUCAGAGUGUACAUGAGGAAGAAAUGAAUAAAUUAAAAUUGCUUUUACAACAACGAGAACAAGAAUACAAUAAUUCCCUUGAGAUGUUGAAAAACAAUCAGUUGGCUGACAUUCAGAGGCACUAUGAUGAAUUGCUUUCAAAUAAGGAUAUAGAUAAUCAAAUGUUAUAUGCACAAGUUCAAGAAUUACUUAAUGCCAAUAAAGAAUAUAACGAAAGAUUAAGUGAAGAAUUAUCUGCAAAACAAGAUUUAGAAGGGAAACUAUCUGAGCAAACCCAGUUGGUAGAUGAAGAUACAAAACAACUUGAAGAACUGAAGUUGAUAAUAGAAGAUCAGGAAACUAGAAUUACCCAGCUGAAGAAAGAUCUUUAUGACAAAAGCAACCAAUAUGACAGCUUAAUUGCGGAAAUGGAUUUAAGUAGGCAGCCAGUUACCCAGCAACCUUCCUCAUCUUCAGUAAUACAGAAUCCAUUAACGAGCACUGACAAACCUCACUACGAUGACGACGACCUCACAGAGCCAGUUAGUCGCGCGGAAUUGGACUUGGCCUUGUAUAUGUUACAUCAAAGAGAUGUAAGGUGUGAAGAACUAACUGUUGAACUAACUCAGUUGUUAGAGGAAAGAGAUACGUUGCAGUUGAAAUUAUCAAACUCUAUUAGAGAGAAAGAAGAAUUAAGGCAAAUACUUGCAGGGCAUAAUUCGACAGGUGCAGAAGAUCAAUCAGAUUCAAUCCAAAUAAACGAUUCAUACGCUGGCUCUUCAAAUAUACCCGGCGCUAAUUUAGCAAAUGAAGCAUUACACAAAAACACCCAUUUGGCUUCAAAAUUAUCAGAACUUAGAAAUAUAGGCUACAAGAAAGACAAAACAUUUGUCGAUGAACAAUCUAUAAGAAGAUUGCAGCAACUUGCUAUAAUGGAGCAACAUAUUAAUGAAGCUUCUAAAUUGCCACCAGAGGCAGCAGCUAAGUUAGUAGACGCCAGUUAUACUUUAUCUCGAGAUGUUCAAAGUCCAUCCAAAGUACUCUUGAAUUGGCUAUGGGGAAAGAAUCCACCUAAAGCAAACGAUUCCUAGCACAACACAUUGAAUACUAGUAAAUAUUUUAAAGCCACAUACUCCCGCGAAAGAAAAACUACGAAAUUAAUUAUUAAAAAAAAACAUUCUAACGUACAUGUUUAGGUCUGGUCUAAAAUGCCUAUUUGGUGUGAUACUAUUAUUAAUAAUUAAGAACUAAAUACAUUUUUGCAAUUUUAAAGUAAACAAAAAAUAUGUUGUGUAUACUUGUUUAAAUAUGAUGAAAUUUGUUUAUAUGUUUUAAUUUGUAUAAAAAUUCCAAUAAAAUAUAAUAUACAGA